AUGUUGGUUUUUAGCUCUAAACAUAAACAGAUAAAUAAGGAAACAUUCCAGGCCCGAAUUUCUUUUAUGGUAGAAUUAGCAGAAUUCUUGAAAUCAUUCAUCUCGAUACCGGUUACUAAUGCUUUGAAACGUCAGGAUGAAAUUAUUCAAAACGAAAAGGCAAAAUGGAAGCCAGGCUCUAAAAUUAGAAAACCAAAUUCAACAAAUCGAAUUAAGUCACAUUCUCCGUGA